UUUAUGUCAUCUCAAAGUCACAGUCUUAUCAUGCCUUCCCCUCAUCAUUCAGUAUUCUUCAGAUAACAUUAUUACUGAACUGGACUGCCACCUUCCACCACACAGACCUAAUGGCAGCAAUCUUAUCAUUCAUUCCAUGUCUCAAAACUCUACUAAAGCUGUCUCUUUUCCUUCUCCAUUGAAGGAGCUCAAACUAUAGCCUAGAUCAUGGAGAUGAGCUCAAGGCCACACAAUUCAUCCACCAGAUCAUACAAGAACACCACCAGAGUAGUAGAGGAAAUCCCAGGAUUCUUGAAAGUGUACACAGAUGGUUCAGUGGACAGAUCCUCAGCUCUGGUUACAGAGGUCUCUGCCUCUCAUGGAUGUCAUGGUUACAAGGUCUGUUCUAAGGAUGUUGCUCUGAAUUCUAAGGUGGGAACAUGGGCUAGGAUCUACAUUCCUCAAGAACUAAUUGAUGAGAGCUGUAGUAAGAAUUCAAGAAGUAAUAGGGUCCCUGUGGUGUUCUACUUCCAUGGAGGAGGAUUCUGCAUGGGCUCUGCUGCAUGGUCAACAUAUCACAGCUUCCUGUCUAGUAUAAGUGCAGAGGCAGAGUGUAUAAUCAUAUCUGUCAAUUACAGGCUGGCACCAGAGCAUAGGCUGCCUGUGGCCUAUGAAGAUUGCUGGAGUGCCAUAGAAUGGGCUUCACAGCCAUCCUCUCAUGAGUGGAUCCAAUCAUAUGGAGACCUGUCUAGGUGUUUCUUGGCAGGAGAUUCAGCAGGGGCAAACAUUGGGCACCACCUUGCUGUUUGGUCAUCAAAGGAAGAUUUGCAGGGUGUUGGGAUUGUGGGUGUGGCUUUGAUCCAGCCUUUCUUUGGCAGAGAAUGUAAGUGCAGAACAAAAUCAGAGGUGGAGGCUACAGACCCAGCUCUGGAAGUCCAAUGGACUGAUGUGUUCUGGAGAAUGGCUCUGCCAGAGGGAGCCAACAAGGACCACCCUGCAUGCAACCCCUUGGGGCCUGGAGGCCAAUUGGGUGAUCUCAAGGAUUUGAUUCUGCCUCCCAUUCUGUUGUUCAUCUCAGAAGGAGAUGUAAUGAGGGAUAUGGAUUUGGAGUACUAUAAGGCCAUGAGACUGGCCAACCAGGAGAUCAGGUAUGUGCUCUGCAAGGGAGUUGGGCAUGGAUUUCAGGUAUUGCAACCUUAUUCUGCUGAAACUAGGGAAUUGAAGAAGCAACUGGCUAUCUUUAUCAACAAAUAGUGUCUCUUUUUGUCUGCUCCAUUUUCCUUGAAAAGGAGGAGGUCAGGAGAUGUUUAGUAGGAUGUUGUUCCAGAUUCAAUUUAGGUAUAACCAUCACUACUUUAGUUUAAGCAGAAACUCAUGCUUUGUAUCUUUUUAUAUAUAAAUAUAAAUUUUGAUUUUUGUAUGCACCAAA